AUGUCGUUCAACAACAGCAACAACAACAUCAACAGCAACAACAACUUCCAGCCAGCCCUCUACUCCCAUGUGGCUGUCGGGUUUGUGUGUCCUCUGGCCUCUCCUGAGGGCUAUGUCUACAACCCCAACGCUACUUGGAGUCCUGAGUGGUCUGGCCCUGCCUCUCCAGACAAUGUUGCCAUCGACGAAGACGAUGACCCCCUCAGCAACUACGUCUAUGGUGGGGAAGCUUGUGAUCCCAUGGACCAUCCCUUCGACGAUGGUUUCGAUUACUGGCCGUCCGUGAGGGGCACCAGUAUUCGUUCUGCUUCGGCGGAGCCAGAGUUGUCGGGCAUGGGCCAUGAGCCUGAUGCCAGUGAGUCGGAGGAGGAGGUCUCGGAGGAGGAGACCGAAUCUGAAGAUGAGCGUCCUUCCCGCGGGGAGAAGCGCCCCGCAUUGCCUCCGGGUGUCUCUGCAGGGUCUGGCAAUGGCGUUGGAGAGCAGGCUUCUUCGGCUGGUGUCCCUCUCGCGGAUGCUGCCCAAGUGCAGGAGGAGGAAGACGAGGAUGAUGGUGUGGAGUUCGAGGAGGUUGACGACGACGACUACGCCCCUGUUCGUCCUGCUCGUCGCGAGGCAGCAGGUCAGCAGUCGGCAAGGGUCUCGGCCGCACCCGCUCCCACCAUCUCCUCUCGCAAGGCAAGUGGCUGGUCCGACGCAGAGGAUCUUGCUUGCAUCAAGGCCAUGAAGGAAGUCUGCACCUUGGAGAGAUACGCUGCUGUUGCCAGCACAGAGAAGCGCUUCGAGGUGGUCGCAGAACGCAUGAAGCAGGGAGGCUUCAACCGCUCCGCCUCUGGCGUGAAGUUGCAGUGGAACCGCAGAUUGCGGGCCAUCUCGGGGUUCGAGGAUCGCGGUGAGAAGAAGCAUUCUGCUUCUGGGCUCACCACCUCGGCUCUGGGUACUUCCAAGGGCACCAAAAGUGGCACCUCCGCUGUCACCUCUUUGGCUCCUGAUUCCCGUCGUGACAGCAAGCGCAAGGCUGCCGUCAUCAUCAGCGACGACGAGGAAGAGGAGGACUACGCCUACGCCCCGGCACCGACCUCGUCAAGGCCUGCCAAACGUGCUCGUACCACCUCGGCCGCUCCUUCGACACAAGAGGUUCCUUCGACUCAGUCACGAGCCUACUACGAUCUCUCGCUCACCAACGUCCUCUCCGGACCAAGAUCAUCUCGUCAACGUCCUGCCGCAGCUGCUGCUCCUACCGCAUCAACUCGUCAAAAGCGCGCCAUCACUAUCGAAGAUGAAGAGGAUGAGGACGACUUCAACCCUUCUGAGCCCAAGCCAAAGCGUCAAAAGCAGACAUCAACCGCCGCUCCUGCCAGGCGAGUCGCAGCACCUCGCAAGCAACCAGCUCAGCCUGCAACAGCUCCUCGCAUGCCUUCUCCCUCUGUCCCAAUCCCCAACUCUGGCAAAGGCAGCUCCUCUGCAGCACCUUCAGCAAUGCGCAAGCACCGCAUGUCGACAUUCGAGCCUACCAACCGCUGGAGCAAGACCGAUGGCCGCAAGCUCGACAAGAACAACAUGGCCGACUUCCAAGAGUACCACAACCCAAAAAAGUACACCGAGCGUGCUGUCACUCCUGAAGCAGGACCCCUCAACAAGGCCCACUGGGCAGGAAUCCUCAAAAGACGUCAGAACGAAGUCGCUGCCAAGAAGGAAGCCAAAGCUCGCAAAGAAGCAGAAGAGGCAGAAGAAGAGGAUGAAGACUCCAUCGUCAGCACAGCCAGCAAAGCCAACAAGAGCCGUGAGCUUCGCAGACAGAGAGCCUCUACUACCACCACCACCACCACCAACAACACUGCUCAACAACCUCGUCCUCGCUCUCAGCGCCAGCUCUCCCCCAUCGUCGAAGAGCGCGAGAAUGACAGCGAUGGCCAGAGCAUCAUCCCAGCUCAAGGUGAAGUAGCAGCUCAACUCGCUGCUGAUGAGGAAAUGGCAAGAAAGCUUCAAGCAGAGCUAAAUGGCGGUGUUUCUCGCUCUCGUCGUGUUCGUGGCUUCAACUAA